AUGGAUGUUCCGUAUCUCUCGGAGUACUUCCACUAUCCGGACUCCAAGUCCAAGGAGUACAAGGAUUGCCGCCAGAACACCACCAACAAGUUUGGUGAGAUCAUGGGCUGGGUCUCUGUGGCUUUCAUUCUCAGCAUAGCAUUCCAAAACUAUUUAUUGGCAACGGGCCACUGGUAUUUGAGUAAAGUGCAUGUCUUAGGACCACUCGGCAGCUUCUGUGACCGCAUCAGUAAUCGUGGUGGCCGUGCUGGCUUCUUUCGACGAAUGCUUAGAGGCUUUACCCGUGCUCUCAAAGAUACCGCCUACAUCUCCUAUCUUAAUCUCCAGGCCAUCACGCAGAUCGUGCUCUGGACGACAGUGUUUACGGUUUUGGCGCUCGUGGAUAUCAAUAACGGUGACUUGAUCUUCUUGGCCAAACGCCUUGGCCGCUUAUCAGUGGUGUCAUUGCCAACCGUGUUUUUCUUGACCAUCAGACCUUCUCCUUUGCCCAAUACGCUUUAUUUGAGCUUGCUCCCAAUUCAUAAGUGGCUUUCUCGUGGCGUCAUUGUACUUGCGGUUCUUCAUACAUUCUUGUACUUGGGCUUCUUUAGCAAGAAUGGAACCUGGGGUAAGGCAUGGAAGACAGAGAACUUGUAUGGAUGGGGAGCUUUGCUCGGGUUUGUCAUGAUAAUUGUCACAUCACUCCUGAAAGUUCGUGAUCGGACCUACAAGUUGUUCUUCUUCAAUCACUACUUUUGGAGUUGGGCAAUCGUUCUCCUCCUUCCCUUCCAUGUUCGCCCUGUAAGAACAACUUAUGUCAACAUCUUGAAUGUGGGCAUUCUUGCAUAUCAAAUCUAUUACAGAGUUGCCAAUACUCAUACAUCCGAAGUGUCAGACUUCAGAGUGACGGAUGUGUCGCCCAAUCUUGCGAUCAUUGACUUCCCCAAUCACCUCGUCAAGGUGCGUGCCAACAACCCAGGUGCUCAUGUUCGCAUAACCAACCGAAGUCUGAACUUUAUUGCUCGUCUCUACAAGCAAUUCAUCCCCAACUAUCAUCCCUACACCUUAGUAUCGUUACCGCUGGAUCGGUCGCAAAAACUCAUUGUCCGCAAGGGCUCUUUUAAAUGGAGCAGUGAUACGAGGUAUAAGGUUUGCGGGUCGUUUGACCCCAAAUUGCUCGUUGUGAAAUCCAAGAAUAAUCAAGCAUCGAAAUUCUCAAUCUCUAAACUUGGUAUCAAUGCCAAAAAGAUGCUCAUUGUGGUUGGUGGAUCUGCUAUCUCGUUUGCGAUACCCAUUUUGAGAGUACUGAAUUAUCACGGAGUGCCUGUGAAGAUCAUCUGGGUUGUACGUGACUAUAGAGAUAUCGCAAUCCUCCGCUAUUUCGAUGGCUACAUCCACGGUGACGAUUUCGAAAUCUUUGUUACUGGUAACGCUGUUGCUAAUGAAGAAUUUGACUUUGCCGCGGUUAAUGCUGUUCCAAGCUACGGCACAUUCAGAUUUUUAUCGAAUAAGUCCUCGUUCGCUAACCUGGACUUUAAUGAAAGAUCAAGACUUUUGAUGUCGGCCGAAGAGGAUGAGCACAUGAACCAAGAGCUGGAAAAUGUUGAUGUGGACUUGCUGGACGAAAAUGUUCUGGACGAUGAUGGCACGGAACGUGAUUGCACUGUCCAGCUGUUUAGCCCCACGACUGAGUACAACAGUAAUUUCGAGGACAGCAUUGAAUUCGACGAGGAGGAAGCCAUUGGCCAUGACAUGACUUCAACUUUAUCCAGAAGAUCCAGCAGAUCCCAUUCCAUCAACGAGAGAUUCAGCAUCGAUAUGGAGAAAGGUAAUGAGUCUCACAGACAGUUCCAAAAUACCGUCAAACGACUCAACUUGGAUAAUCGUAUCUACAAAGGUCGUCCAAAGUUGAACUACCGUUACUACAAUUGGUGUGUGAAUCAGCAUGAUAUAUUCACGCAAUGUUCUGGCCCCCAGCAGCUUGACGGUUCUGGCUUAGUCUGCUGCAGGGACAUUCCGGGAAGAAAUAAGAUUGGUGCAGAGCACAAGCUUCCUGAUGCCGAGAAAGUGUGGGUGAUUUCUGCUGGUCCCAAAUCGCUUGUCAAGAACGUGAAGCUCUGGGCUAGUGAAAACGGCCUCAAGUAUCACGAAGAAGCCUUCUAUGUGUAA